GGUCUUAGCUUUACUCCAGAAAUGCAGCGGAAGCCUACGAAAACAUUUUCAGGUGGAUGGCGGAUGCGAAUAGCUCUUGCACGUGCUCUGUUUAUUGAGCCUGAUUUACUACUACUUGAUGAACCAACGAACCAUCUUGAUCUUCAUGCCGUAUUAUGGCUGGAAUCAUAUCUGGUUAGAUGGCCCAAGACAUUUAUUGUGGUUUCUCAUGCCAGAGAGUUUUUGAAUACGGUAGUUACAGAUAUUAUCCAUUUACAUGGACAAAAGCUGACUACUUACAAAGGGGACUAUGAUACGUUUGAGAAGACACGUGAAGAGCAGCUCAAAAAUCAACAGAAGGCCUUCGAAUCGAACGAAAAGGCUAGGGCCCACAUGCAGGCUUUCAUCGACAAAUUUCGGUACAAUGCAAAACGGGCAUCCCUUGUUCAGUCAAGAAUCAAG